AUGGCUGCGGAUGCGAACAACCUCACCGAGCAGUACGACUGGUUCAGCGAGGAGAACCGAACAAACCGAGUAACCGAGAGGCUGGAUACUGCCGGCUGCCUGUUUCUAUCCAUACUGCCCUAUGGACAGGCAGUUUCAGCGCUCAUAUGGAUUUUUGUGUUGCUGACUGUCUUCUCAUUUCUGAUUAACGGGCUUACCCUGUUCGGGAUCGGACGGUCCGAGGAUCUCUCCUGGGACACGCGCGUUGCUUUCUUUAAGAAUCUGAUUUUGAGCGACCUUUUGCAGACCGUCACCAUCGGUCCGACGGUCAUCUACUCACUAGUCCAACGCAGGACGAUUGCGUUCAGCACCUGGUGUCACACCCAGUACUUCGUGGGCACCGUGAGCAUCUUCUCCAGCCUUCUCACCAUCACGUGCAUGGCGCUGGAGCGCUACGUUUACGUGUGCCACGCCAUCCGCUACUUGGUCAUCAUCACUCAGGUGCGCCUCCGGCUAGCCCUGAUCAUCAUCUGGGUCUACUCCGUCAUCAUCAGCACCAGCAACAUGCUGUUGGUGCACACGUUGGGAGUGCAAAAGAAUGAGACGUUUACCAGUGGGCUACUGUGCGAGCCGGACAUAGUGGAGCGGCAUAUGGGAUUCCCCCGUGCCGCAGCUGUCUUUCGCAAACUUCUGGGCUCCUUUACUCUGCUGAUCUGCCUGCUGGUCAACGUGUUCUGCUACUCAAGGAUGUACAAGGAUGCGCGCAACGCGGUCAUACCGUUCCACGCGGUCAACACCAAGGCGCGCAAUACCGUGUUGUUCUACUGCAGCAUGCUGUGCCUGCAGUUGCUCCCGCUGCUGCUCAAAGUGAUCUCGGACGCGCUGUGGGCGGUGGAGGGCACCGCGGCUAUGAUGGCACUGCCUUCUCAGGCGACGCCGAAACCAUCGUACUCGGCAGCCGUGCUCCACAUGUCCAUGUUGGUAAUGCUUUUAGUGCCACCGUGCAUCAACCCGCUGGUGUACGGGCUGAGGAACGUGGAGAUGAGGCUUUCGAUGCUCAGCCUGUUCCGGUUGAGGAGGCAGAGAAGGGGCGCGGAUGCGCGCGUAGUGGAGGAGAUAAGAAUUGGAAACAUUGUGCCUCAAAACCGAGCCCAGGCGGGGUAG